AUGGCCGAUUCUUCUGACACUACUCCCUCUCCACUUGCUACUGGCAUUUCUCCAAUAUUCUCGACUGCUGGCGAGAACAAUACGUCGACUGAGCCUGGCAUCGCAGCCGCUUCCUCCUCAACGAACGCUCGUCCAAUACAGUCCACUAAUGGCGAGACGACUGCGUUGGCUGGUGCUGAAACUCUAACAUCCUCCGCUUUGAUAGAUUUCGCUACUCGAUCAGCAGCCACAGAGGCGACCGCAUUAACAGAGUUUCACCUCUUCCCGAAGCUAGCUCCGGAGCUGCGAGAAAUCAUAUUGCAAGUUUCUUCAGACACUUAUAAAUUCGCUAUCCCAACUGGACAUAACGGAGAGCGUAUGAUUCCAAUUAAAACCGAUAUCGACUAUACAAAGCUUGGUCGUGCAGCAUUAUCCUUCAGCAUACCACCGAACGCGGAGGCAAUUGAUUCCAGAUGCUGCGAUGUAUACGACCUCAGCUUAUCUGUAACCUCACGCGAGGCUCGCGCUGCCUAUUUGUCUUCCUUCACACGAUGCAUCCACCUCAAGCAGGGGUUUGUCAGAUUCGCAGCAAACACUUUAGUCUACAUCCCAGAUAUGGAUUAUAUCGUCUAUGGACCCUACUUCGAGCAUAUGCUUUUGGAAACAGCUCAUACUACGAAGUUUCUCGCAGCCGUGGAUCACCUUGUGUUGCCAUAUUCUGUCAUGAUGGUGUAUCUGGCGAUUGGUCCACAUCAUCGUUCCGAAAGAUUCACUCUUGCGUGGAUGGAUUUUCUUAUGACCUUCAAAUCCUUGACCGGCCAUCCAACAUCGAGAGAAGGUAUUUGGCAACAUAUGAACGCAAAGACGAGGCUUCUGCUCACGGAGAGGUAUGAAGCAACUUCGGUACGCAGACUGAAGGAUCACAAAGAGAAACAUGUCAGCCUGGAAGCAUUCCCAAAGUUAUUAUGUAGGGGCGUCUCCUGA